AUGACUGAACCUCGCACAGGUCUUAUCUAUACUUCCAGUGGGACUCGAGCCCUGAUAAAAGAUAAGGAUCUCCAGUCUCUAAGUACGACUACAAAAGAUCAUCAGCCAAAUAUAUCCGGUGAUUCUAACGCAACCCAAUACUCGAUUGCUGCAAUGCAUGGUGAUGCCAGCUACAUCCAACUUUCCGAACAAAUAACUUGUUUGAAGGACAUGAUUAACGAGAUAUUCAGUCGCCUUUCAAGCUUGGAGAGCACCGUAGCCUCGCUGCCAUUAUCUUCCCCCGUCUCUGCAUCUGAAUGCUGUACUAAUGAGACAGCCCCAAGUACUCCAGCAUAG